AUGUUCUUCCUACGCAACAUGGAGCGGCGCGUGACCCUCCACCCAUCCUUCUUCUGCAAGGACGCCCACGAUCUUGUUAUUGACAAUCUCCUCCGCGAUGUGGAGGGAUCUUGCUCUGGUAACUACUACAUCAUCUCCAUUAUGGACACGUUCGACAUCUCAGAAGGGCGCAUCCUCCCCGGAACUGGCAUGGCCGAGUUCACUGUCGGGUAUCGCGCUGUGGUCUGGCGGCCAUUCAAGGGCGAGACGGUCGACGGCAUUGUCGUCUCGGUGAACCCCCAGGGCUUCUUUGCCCAGGUUGGCCCUUUGAAGCUGUUUGUCUCGAGUCACUUGAUCCCCGACGACAUCAGGUGGGACCCGAACGCCACGCCGGCGCAGUUCACCAACAACGAGGAUAUCAACAUCACCCCUGGGUCGUCGGUACGGGUCAAAAUUCUGGGCACGCGAAGCGAGGUGGGCGAGAUGUGGGCUAUUGGCAGCAUCAAGGAGGACUACCUGGGUGCUCUGCAAGACGCGAGCGAAACGUUUGGAGGAGCCGCGUUGGAUGAGGACUGA